GGCUGACAGACUGUGGAUCUUUACAUAUUCUACUCUUAAGUGCACUGUACAGAUUUAGCAAAAGGUGUAUUGUACAGAGGACUAUGGCUGAAUACGGAGCUCAUCUAAAUCAAAAUGCUAGCAGUGAAAGACCAACAUUUUUUGAGGUGAUAGCCCAGGAAUCUAUGACCACAGUUCUAAGGCCAGCCAUUACAUACGCCCUAAAAGUAAUUGCAAGUUAUCAUCCGGGAAGAUUAGGGUGGCUUUGGAAGUAUGGGGACGAGAUCUAUCUUGCAUUUGACUAUGCAUUACAAAAUCACUAUCUAAAAAGACACAAUGGAACGUUUUCAGAACACUUUUAUGGUCUCAAGCGAUGCCAGAGUAGCUCUCCUAAUGUUAUUCCACAUGUCGUAGGUCAACCAUCAAAAAUGUCCCACAGACAGAGAUAUAUGUCGGUAUUUACCGUAGUAUUUAUUCCUUAUUUGAAAAUGAAGCUUGAUCAGUACUUUAUCAAAGUUCGUGAAGACGGGUCAAGUCCAGGAUCUUACACGCCUAAAAGAGAACAGUUUUUGCAACACUUAAAACGUGUUUUUCUUGCUGCUUAUCCUUUUGUACAUUGUACGUGGGAAACAAUCUUUCUUUGCUAUCAUAUGAUGUACUUAUUUUCAUCAAAUUCAAUGACUCAUUCCCCUUUGCUUCAUUGGAUUGGACUUCAUCUUCAGAGACUAUCAAGACAGGACAUUCUCCAUGAUAUCUACAAGGGUGAGAUGCUCUUGCACUUCAAGGGUGAUACGUUACUAAGUAAGAUGCUCUACCUUCCGAAUGUACUUGGCAACAUUCUUGUUAAUGUACUUUCUAAUGGACUACCUUUGGUUGUAUUUUUUCUCAAGUUCUUGGAGUGGUGGUACUCCAGUGAAAACACAAACACCGUUGUAGCAGUAACGCAACUACCAAUACCACCACCACCGCCACAGCCAAAGGCAGCAGAAUUUGGAGUUCAACUACCAAGCCAUCCUGCUCAGUGCCCAUUGUGUAAGAAUGUACGAACAAAUCCAGCAGUACUUACAACAUCAGGAUAUGUAUUUUGCUAUCCAUGUAUCUAUCGCCAUCUAAACCAACAUGGCUGCUGUCCAGUCACUCAUUUACCAAGUUCUCAACAGCAACUAGUUAGAUUAUUUAUGAAUACAGACAACUAAUCAAGUAUUAGUCUCCUUUGCAGUGUCCCCUUUUGUCGGGCUUCCUGAUUUAGGAUCAUUGUUUUAUAUGAAGGAGCAGCCAAUAAAAAUCAUUUCAGUUUAUUGGAAUCAUGAAAAAGCAAGUUAGCAUAUGAACAGUGGUAUAUUUUUAUAUCAAUAAAUAUAAUAAUCAAAUUAAUAGAUGAUAGCCAA